AUGGCUCCAGCACUACCAGACGAUAUCUUACACCUGCUGUGCGAGCAGUUGGCGGAGCAGGAUCAAUUUGACGCCAUCCUAUGGAAGGCCAUAAUUGCGUCGGCUCUCGACGCAACACUAUUCCCAUACUGCCGGUAUAUCAGGGCGCUCGACUUUCGGGAUCUCGAGAAUCUGCUUGAAGACGAUCAAUUUACGGCCAAAGUAUCAAAACAAUUCUUCAACGGCCCCAUGAAACAGUUCCACAAAACGGAAACGGUCGCGCUACUUAACGGGAGAAAGUUCGAACGAUUGAAUGUCAAGUCAAUCGUCAACGCAAUCGGUGAGGUAGUGAGUCAACACACGCCUACCCUUGAGAUGAUCAGUGGUCAGUUGUCAUCUACGGCCCUGAUUCGGUGGGCUCCCAGGGUGCCCCGCCUUCAAGAACUGGAGCUGUGGGACGGCAGCACUCUCGAGGAUGGACUUGUCGCGGCCUCUAUUCACGAAAAUUGCCCCAACUUCAAAUCUCUUAUGAUCUUCCUUUGGUCUGGUGAAGAUAGGGAUCACAAGUUCGCCCAAUUCUUAUCAGCAUUACGACCGAACACGUUAGAAAAGCUGAACACAAUCAGCGACAUUGGUGCCGCAGCGGAAUCUUUCCUCGCGCUCAGUGCUCACAGCCAGUCGCUGAAAAGCUUGAAGAUUUGUGUGUCCGACGAUUCAUUACCACAUCUGUCACUAUUAGCAGGCUGCACCGCUUUGGAAGAAGUGCGCAUCGAAGACGUUCAUGGCAGGACUGUUCUCGAAGAUACACAGAACGAUGUGUUGUUGGAGACGAUCAAUUGGCUCCGCAGCUGCGAGGUACUACACCGUAUCAGCUUCGUGGGCCUACUCUCUGCUGCAACACUUCUCACGCCGUUGCUCUUGGAGCACAAAAUUCAGCUUAGAUCACUAGAGAUUGACUCCUAUAGUCUGAAAGAUAGCCGCCAGUUCCAUCAGGCACUUGUUCACCAGAAGGGUUCUCUCGCUUACUUAUCGCUCAGUGGCGAUACGGACGGAAUGUUCCGUGAUGAUGUUGACGUCCUGGUCGACUCUCUCAAAGAGCUACAACAGAUGGAAGUCCUCCGCUUACUGUUGCAAGAGAUGUUUCGCGAAGAACAUCUGAUCAGUGUGGUCAGCAAUCUAAGUCGACUGGUGGAACUUUACGUGAGCGGUCUUGAAAUCACAGAUAGCCUCUUGGAAGUUGUGGGUACGCUUCCGAACUUGCGGAGCGUGGCAUUUGCGGGGAUUUCGAAGUUCACCAUCGUUGGGCUCACCGGCUUCAUUCAUCAGCUAGGCCCGACCAAUCAGGGAAUACGCAUCAUGAUUGACAUGGCUGAUCCCGAUAACCUCAUCGAUGAAGGUGAGAUUAGUGAUUUAAGGACACUUCUGGCUGAGAAGCUCGGGGGCACACUUGAGUACACGCCAUGGAGAGAUCCAAAUAUAUCGGAAUUCGAAGGCGACUCAGACUAG